AGUUCUGUCAUUCAGUUGAACAAAAAUGAAUAGUUUCUGUAAUAGCCAUUGGUUAAACUUAUAACUAACACUAAUUUGCUGUCUUGAACCCAGAAAGUCCCUGGGGGAUGGUUAUUUGGUCUCGGUUGCUUUAAAAAGGUUCAAGUCAUCACUAUCCAAUAUGGUAGCCAUCAGGUACAUGUGAUAAUUGAGCACCUGAAAUAUGGCUAGUGCUAAUUGGGAUGUUCUAUAAGUGUAAGACACACAAGGGAUUUCAAAGACUAGUAUGAAAAAAAGGAGUGUGAUGUCUCAGUAAUUUUUAUGUUGAUUGCAGAUUGAAUUGAAUUUUUAUGUUGAUCGUAGGUUGAAUAUAUUUUGGAUAUAUUGGGUUAAAUAAAAUAUAUUGUUAAGAUUGAGCCCAGUUGCUUCUUCUAACUUUUCUUAAUGUGGCUACUAGAAACGUUUAAAUUAUACUAUGGAACUUGCAUUUUAUUUGUCAGAUUGCACUGGUCUUACUGGAAGUUCUGUUUUCACUCGGGGGAUUUGCCUUCAGGGGCAUUCAUGAGUCACUCUUGCUCCUUAGGCUUCCAAGGGCAUCGUACAAUGGAGAGAAGCAGAGAGUUUGGACUUAGGAGGCCUGAGUGCCAGGUCUAACAAUGCCCUUGAUUUUCUGGGUGUCCUUCAGCAGCUCAGCCCUUCCUUAGAAGGACAAGUGCAAAAUGACCAAGUUCAAGGAGGCGGUGACGUUCAAGGACGUGGCGGUGGUCUUCACGGAGGAGGAGUUGGGGCUGCUGGACCCCGCCCAGAGGAAGCUGUACGGAGACGUGAUGCUGGAGAACUUCAGGAACCUGCUCUCUGUGGGGCAUCAGCCCUUCCCCCCACACGUACUACUGCAGUGCGAGAGGGGAGAAAAGCUUCAGAUGAGAAAGACAGCAACCCAGGGCCGCGGCAUUGCAGGAGACAAGAAUCUAAAUGACCUGGGGACUCUUCAGGAAAUUGGAUCAAAGUUCCUGCCACAUGAAGAGCUGUUCUGCUCGCAGAUCUGGCAACAGGUUACAAAGGAAUUAGCCCAGUGCCAAGAUUCCAUGGUCAGUGUUCAAGGAACUGGCUCUCAGUUGGAAAAACGAGGUGAUGCACUCUAUAAAGAUGAGGGAUUUGGUAAAGGCUUUAAUCAGAAUUCACAUCUUCAGGUUCCCCACAGAGACCAACCAGGAGGAAAAACCUACCAGGCAGAGGAGCAUGAGAAAGGUUUCCUUCAGCACUGUUAUCUUCAAACUAACCAGACAGCCCAUGUAGAAGAGAAGCCCUAUAAAUGUGAAAAAUGUGAAAACACCUUCCGUCGGCUUUCAAGCCUUCGAGCCCAUCAGAGGGUCCAUAGCGGAGAGAAAUCACUGAAGUAUGACACAUCGUUUAAGGGUUUAAGACAGAGGUCAUCUCUUCGCCAUCACCAGAGAGUCCCCACUGGAGAGAAUUCACACAAAUACGAGGAAUGUGGGAGGAACGUCGGGAAAAGCUCACAUUGUCAAGCUCCUCUGAUAGUCCACACAUUAGAAAAACCUUAUAAAUGUGAGGACUGUGGGCUGAGCUUCAGUCAGAGCUCAUAUCUUCAAGUCCACCAGAGAGCCCACAUGGGAAAGAAACCUUAUAGAUGUGAAGAGUGUGGGAAGGGCUUCAGCUGGCGUUCCCGACUACAGGCUCAUCAGCGAAUCCACACUGGAGAGAAGCCGUACAAAUGUGAGGCAUGUGGCAAGGGCUUCAGUUACAGCUCACACCUUAAUAUUCAUUGUCGAAUCCACACAGGCGAGAAACCCUACAAAUGUGAAGAGUGUGGGAAAGGCUUCAGUGUAGGUUCACACCUUCAGGCCCAUCAGGUAAGCCACACUGGAGAGAAACCUUACAAAUGUGAGGAGUGUGGGAAGGGCUUCUGCCGGGCCUCAAAUCUUCUGGACCAUCAGAGAGGCCACACUGGUGAGAAACCAUAUCAGUGUGAUGCAUGUGGAAAGGGCUUCAGUCGUAGCUCAGAUUUUAACAUUCAUUUUAGAGUCCAUACAGGAGAGAAACCCUAUAAAUGUGAGGAAUGUGGGAAAGGCUUCAGUCAGGCCUCAAAUCUUCUGGCGCAUCAGAGAGGCCACACUGGAGAAAAACCAUACAAAUGUGGGACGUGUGGCAAGGGCUUCAGCCGGAGUUCAGAUCUUAACGUUCAUUGUAGAAUCCACACCGGAGAGAAACCCUACAAAUGCGAGAAGUGUGGUAAGGCCUUCAGUCAGUUCUCAAGUCUUCAAGUGCAUCAGAGAGUCCACACGGGAGAGAAACCCUAUCAGUGUGCAGAGUGUGGGAAGGGCUUCAGCGUGGGUUCACAGCUUCAAGCCCACCAGAGGUGCCAUACUGGGGAGAAACCAUAUCAGUGUGAGGAGUGUGGGAAAGGAUUCUGUCGGGCCUCAAAUUUUCUGGCUCAUCGUGGAGUCCACACAGGAGAAAAGCCAUACCGGUGUGAUGUGUGUGGUAAGCGCUUCAGACAGCGAUCCUAUCUUCAAGCCCACCAGAGGGUCCACACCGGAGAAAAACCGUACAAAUGUGAGGAGUGUGGUAAGGUCUUCAGUUGGAGCUCAUACCUUCAAGCCCAUCAGAGAGUUCACACUGGAGAAAAACCAUAUAAAUGUGAGGAGUGUGGGAAGGGCUUCAGUUGGAGCUCAAGUCUUAUAAUUCAUCAGCGAGUACAUGCUGAUGAUGAGGGUGAUAAGGACUUGCCUUCCCCAGACAAUUUGCACAGGAAAGGAGCUCCAUAAAAUUAUAUGUUUUAAUACCUCAAAAUGGGUGCUGAAAUAACCUAAUUAUCAGACCUGUCCUAGAAGACAAAGCAUUUGUUUAUAAAAGAGUCAGUAUUUAUCCAGGGCUUGACAUGUCACAGGGUUGGGUGACCACACAGUAGAGAAGCCUGGUAAGGGCAGUGACAUAAGGACUUCAUUCAGAAUGUUGACAUUUAGCAGAUACUACACAGAAGAGAGGCUUAGGAAGGAUGCAUCCGAUCUGAAGUUGACUGAAGGGCUGAGAGGGAAGUGCCAGAAUUUUAUAUUCUGUGAGAAUAUAAGCUCCCAAGAGCAUAGGGAUUUGUUGACUGCCAAAUCUAUUCCGUCUUUUCAGUGCCUAACACAUGGUAGGUAUUCACUAAUGUUAAAUGAGUGAAAGGGAGAAUGGUCAUAUGUGAAAUUUUUAUUCAGUUCUCUAAAAAUUUCUAUGAAAUGGGCUUAGUAGAGGAAUUCUGCAAGGCUUAGAGGACAUUUAAGUUGUACACAUGGGCUCAUUUUCCCAACCCUACAGGUCCUGUGAACUAGUGUUUAUCAACCUGCCAGUAGGUCCCCAAUCACUUCAGUGGGUUGUGACCAGCACUUUUAUAUGCUAACAUUUUAUUGAGGUAUAAUUUGCAUGCAGUAACAUGCAUAAAUCUCAAUUUUACAACUUCAUGAAUUUUGACAAAUGUAUACACUUAUGUAAUCACCAAAAUCAAUGUAUACAAUAUUUCUAUUAAACCAGAAUGUUUCCUUGUGUACAUUUCUAGUUAUUCCCACCUCCAGUGGCAACAAGUUUGAUUGCUAUACCUCACAUUAGUUAAGUCUGUUCUUUGGUUCAAUGUGUGUCCUCUUAUAUGUCUGGAUUCUCUUGAUCAAAUAUAUGAUCAUUUUAGUAGAUUGAGGAAAGUAAGAUUGACAAAAUCAGUGUCCAUUAUAAAAAUUCCUCAGUGAGAUAAAAGACAUCUAUGAAAAUUCUACAAGCUAACAUUUUUUGUAAAAUUAUUAUUAGGGAAUAGUUUGUAUAGUAAAAUCGACUCUUAGUUAUAUCAUUUUGUGUCAUGGCACAUGCUUACUAUUGUAUUACUACCAACUCAAUCAAGAUGUUUAACACUUCCAAGACCGACCCCCUACCCUGAAAUCCCUUUGUACUCUUGUAGUCAACCCAUCUCCCUGUCUCCUCUCCCUGCCUUUGGCAGCCAUCUGCCUGUUUCCUGUCUGCGUAGUUGACUUUUUGCAAUGUCCUAAAAUGGAAUCAUAACAGUAUAUAAUCUUUCAAGUCUGGCUUCUUUCACUUUAUGCUUCUGAGACUCAUGAAUCUUGAUGUGUGGAUCUGUAGUCAUUCCUUCUAUUGCUGAAUGGUAGUCUAGUGUAUGGAUGAAUGGUGUUUGGUUUAUCCAUUUAUGAAUUCAGGGAUAUUUGAGUUUCCAGUUGUUAGCAAUUAUGAAGAAAACAGUGAUAAAUAUUUGCAAAGAGGUAUGUGUGUCAACAGGUUUUCUUUGUCUUAGUAAAUAUUUAAAGAGUGGAAUUGUGUAGUAUGUCUAUCUGUGUGGAAAGCUAACAACUCUAAAAUGGGUAUACCAGUUUGCAUUCCUAACAUCAAUGCAUAUUAGGGUUUUGUUUUGUUUUUACCAUUUCAAUAGGUUUAUCGUGGCAACUCACUUUGGUUUUAAUUUGCAUUUCCCUAAUGACUGUGUUGGGCGUCUUUUAUAUCUGAAUGUGUCCUGUAUGUAUAUCUAUUUUCUCUGGGAACUGUUUUCUUGUUCUUGAUUUUUGAGAGUUUAUGUGUUCCGGACAUAUGUCCUUUGUCAGUUACAUGUUGUGCAAAUAUUUUAUCUCUGUGUGUUUUGUGUUUUUAUUCCAUUAUCAGUGUUUUUCACAGAGUAGAAAUUUUGUUUUUGAUGAAGUUCUGUUUUCAUCUUCCAUGGAUUGUGCUUUUGGUUUUAGAUCUAAGAACUCUGCUCAAACCAAGGUCACUAAGAUUUUUCUCCUUUUUUAUCUAAAAAUUUUAUGGUUUCAGGUUUUGCAUUUAGGUCUCUGAUCCACGUGAGUUCAUCUUUAUAAAGUGUGAGGUCAAGGACCGUGUUUUUUUGGCCUGUGAACAUCCACUUACUAAGUAUCCUUUUAACAUCAAAUUUCUGUUAGCCCUUGUGGAAAAUCUAUUGAUCAUACAUGUGUGGGUCUUUUUUUGGCCUCUGCUUGGUUCCAUCAAUCUAUGUGUCUAUCCUUUUGCCAAUAUGUAGCCUUAUUUAAGUUAUGAGUUUUCCAACUCCAUUCUUCUUUUUCAAAAUGUUUUGCCCUUUUUAAUUUGCUUACUUUUGUAUAAUUUUUAGAAUAAGUUUUGUGAUUUUUGAAAAUAAACUAAUUGCUGGAAAUUUUGUUGGGAUUGCAUUGAGUAUAUAUCAAUGACUUUAGGGAGACUUGGUAUCUUAGCAAUAUGGAAUAUUCUACACCACAGACACAGAAUAUCUGCCUAUUUGUUUAGGACCCUUCCAUUUCCUUUUGUCAAUAAUUUGUAGUUUUCAGCACACAGAUUCUGCACAUAUUUUAUUAGAUUAGAUUUAUACCUAAGUACUCUGUGUUUUUUGGUGCUAAAUUAAAUGGUAGAAUUUUUCAAAUUUCAAUUUCCAGUCAUUUAUUGCUAGUAUAUAAAAAUGCAGUUGAUUGUUUUAUGUAUUUUAUAUCUUGCCAAACUUGCGUAUUAGUUAAAGUUGCCAUGCUGUAUAGAUUCCUUGGAGCUUUCUGUGUAGAUAAUCAUGUCAUCUGCAAAGAGCUUUAUUUUUCUAUGCAAUUGAUAUACAUAUUACAGCAAUUUCAUUGUGUUGUAAGGAAGUACCCUCACCAUCAUUAGAGAUUUGGGUAACACAACUCAUGAUGGUAGUGCUUUGGGAUGAUCUAAGGUAGAGGGGAUAGCUGUCUAAGAGAAGGUCUGGAACAGAAAGAAUGGUCAGUGUUCAAGUAUUUUAUACAGUGGAAGUCCUCCCUGAACAAGUUUAAAAAAUUGUGGAAGGUUGCACUUUGAGAGUGAUAGGUGAACCUUAUCAGAAUUAUGAAGGAGGCAGUGAACAUGAAUGGGCAGGAGAUGAAGCUUACAAUUUGCAGACACUAAAUCAUAUGUCCAAGUUUCUUUCCUAUGGUCUUCACAAUUCGCUUCUGACAUUUGGGCUAGCAUGGCAACCUCCCAGAUAUCCCUGUAAAUAAACUGGUAUUUGACAGGGCACAUUUGCAAAGUUGACUAAAAUAAUCUGGUUGAUAGUUUUAUGAAAGAAAAUGUGGGGCCAGAUAAAAGUCCAGGUAGAUGAAGGAUCUGAGAGAAGAUCUGAGUGGGGAUUCAAAAUCUCUUGGAGUAUGAUAGUAACUUGGCAAAAUCAUUGACUAUUUUGAUUUAUUGUUUUAUCUGUUGAACUAUUUUAGAGACUUUUCCUAUUUUAUUGACCUACAUACGGCCAGAGGUUCCCUUCAAGGAUCUACCUUGAGAUGCCAAUGCAACGUUAUCAGCUCCUACAGCAGCUACAGAAUUUCUGUCUUAUUAAAGCCUUCUAAAUCUUGGGCUUUUUUAUAUAUGUGGUCUGCCAGGAGUUGUGACAUUGUUUGGUUGGCCUCUAGGUGCUAAGUCUGUGGUACAGAACUGAAAGGACCUAGACUUGUGCCUAUUAUAUCAAAAAUUGUGGUGUUUAUAUAAAAUGUGGUAUAUAAAAAAUGAGGCUUAAUUUAUAAUAGAUUUAAAAGAUAGACUGUGUGUACCCUGUUGUGGGUACAUUAGUGCAUACAUAAGGGGGCAUAUACUUUUAAUAGCUGUGUGUAUAACAACAGUUGUUGGUAGAGGCUAGGAAGGGCAUGAGGUUUGUGAAGCAAAAGAUACUGAGGAAGAGCCUGGUGAGGCUGAGGAAGUGCUGGGGGAAGUAAAGGAACUGGAAGGUGACCAAAGAGGAUAGUGGUUAAUAUGGAUAGCAAAGACCUCCAAGGGCGUGGGGAUUAGUUGUAUAAGUGGUUUACCCAAGCUGGGGUGCCUGGUCCAGCAUUGUUGGAGUUUUUUUUUUGGGGGGGGGGGGGUAACAUGUUAACUGUUCUAUAGAUACUAUCCAGCAAGUGGAGGAAAGUAGCAAGUGGUGUAGUGAUGUGGGAAUAGUAGAGAGUGUAGCAUGGAUUGUUGAACAAAAGGAUUGGAGCUGAUGUGGUUGUGGCGGGCAUAGUGGAGAGUGGUGUGGGGGCAGUUACCGUGUCCAGGUCCCAGCUCUUAAGCAUGGAAGGAGGUGGAGUUUUAAACUUGUAUAGUGCUAAUUUCACCGAAAGGUGAAAUUAAGUGGUGAGGCACCAGUGUAUAUAAAUUG